CAGUUAGUCUGUCCUCUAAGAACUGGUGUCAAUGCCACAUUGUGCUGUGAGACCUUUCGUCGAAAUGAGCAAUAAGAGAGUGUAAGGAUUUCGCUGUGGCCUUGAUCUGUCCAAAUUAUCUGACAAAGUCCACAUGCAUGUCAAAAUGGAUAUGAAUGACACAACAAGACAUGGCAGUGAGUUUUUUAAGGCAGCUCAUACAAACGACACCAUCAGUAUGAAAGCCUUAUUGACCAGUGAAGAUUUUGACCCUUAUGUUCGAGGAAGGAUUGCAGAGAUAAUCCAGCUAAUUACAGGCCAGUGAGCCUUACGUCAGUGGGAAUUUAGAAGAAACAAUACUGCAUUCAGCUUUGUUUAAUGGCAGUAAGGAAAUUGUACAAUUAAUUCUGGAUCGUAUCCCAUCGCUAAUCAAUGAACCCAUGACAUCUGACAUGUACAAAGGUGAGACCCCCAUGCACAUUGCUGUUCUGAAACAAGAUGUGGAGAUGGUUAAGGAGCUGUUGAACCGAGGUGCUGAUGUAAUAAAUGCACGUGCAACCGGUUCCUGCUUUGUACCUGGAGAGGAAUGUCAGUGUUACUACGGUGAAUAUUUGUUGUCAUUUGCAGCGUGUAUUGGCAAUGAAGAAAUUGUCAGAACUCUUAUAAAGCAUAGUGCACCCUUAGAUGCACAGGAUUCCUUAGGUAAUACGGUACUUCAUGUGUUGGUUACACACUCAGACAAAAAACAGAAAUAUUCCAUGUAUGAUCUCAUCACAUCGCUUGUGUCUGAGAAACAACAGCCAAGUCUUGAGAACAUUGUGAACAAUGAUGGCUACACUCCAUUAAAGCUUGCAGCAGCUGAGGGAGAUUUGGAGAUGUUCAACUUUUUGGUGCAAAAACAAAAGAAAAUAUACUGGACAAUGGGGACAAUUUCUUACUGCGUCUAUGAUCUCACCAACAUUGAUACAUGGGGUGACCAAAAAUCAGUUCUCGAUAUCAUAACAACAACCAGGAACAGAGAGGUUCAUAAACUCAUUGAUGCUAAACCAGUGAAGGAAUUAUUGCAUCAGAAGUGGAUUUCAUUUGCAUACAAAUAUUUUUUAAUGUGGAUGUUUUCCUAUAGUAUGUACAUCACAAUAUUCACCAUCUCAAGCCUGUACCGACCCUUGAAGCCAGUUCCACCUGGCCAAUUUGGUGACUACAUAGUUAAAACACAAAAGACUCUAGCAGAAUCUUACCAAACAAAGGAAGACUACUUGAGACUCCUGGGUGAGCUAAUAACUAUCGUAGGAGCAUUGGUAAUACUCAUCAGUGAGAUCCUGUAUUUAUAUAAGAUAGGUCCAAAAAAUUACUUUGGGAAUACAUCAAUUGGAGGACCUUUUCCACUAUUACUGGUUUGUUACUCCCUGUUAAUUGCUGUGGCUGUUAUCAUGAGAAUCCAUGCUGAUGCUGGAGAAGCAGUUCCAAUCUCCUUUGCUUUGAUCAUUGGGUGGUGCAACACCAUCUAUUUUGCCAGAGGUUUUAAAACGUUCGGGAAAUUUUCUAUUAUUAUACAAAAGCUAAUAUUUGGAGAUUUUAUGCAUUGGUGCUGUCUGGUGUUUAUCUGUAUUAUUGGAUUUACCUUUGCAUUUUACCUGAUGUUUCAGACUCUGAAUUUGGCAGAUUAUCCAUAUUUUAGGGAUUUUUCAAUGACAUUGCGCACCAUAUUUGAGCUGAUGAUGGGAUUGAUGGAUAUUCCUCUUCCUUAUAACAAGCCCACUCCCAACAACAUCUAUAUUGCCUAUGUCAUGUUUAUGCUGUUUGUAUAUCUCCUGCUGCUAAAUCUGUUGAUUGCAAUGAUGGAUGAUACAUACUGGAGAAUUGCACCAGAGACAGAGGAAUUAUGGAAAAUACAGAUUGCAGCCACCAUACUGCUUCUAGAGCAACGAAUGCCAGCAUUUCUGAAGAUUCGCUCAGGAGUUCCAGGAAGAUCUUUGGGUUUUGAUGAUGACAAGUGGUAUAUUGGGGUUGAAGAAAUUCUUCCUGAGACAGAAGGAGGAGCUGGAAUAAGCACACAGAGAUAUUCACAAAACAUAAGAUGGGACGUGGUUAGAAGAAAUCUUGGAAAAAUAAUAAACAUGAAAGAUUCUUCUGAAUCUACCAUUUUAUAGGAAACAACAAUAGUGAAUUAAUGAUCUGUUUCUCAAAUGAACAAUGUUUGAUCAUAAUUGCUAAACCUUUGAUGUAAGUUAUUUCCCAUACACAGGGUAAAAACAUUAAAGCCAGUUAUUUCCCCUAAAAAUAUUAUAUAGCUUCUCAACUAUGAAUGAUCUUAGUGGAGUUAUUUUUCACAUUUUAUAAUCCAAAUGGUAAGGCCCGUUUUCCUGAGAACAUUAAACUUUUAGCAAACUAUCUGUUGGAACCAUUGGUCCAGAAGACGAUGCAGUUGUACCUAAAAGCUAUAAGUGACAAUUUACUUUGUUUUGCCAUUUUACAUAGGAAGUGUUCUGAACAUCUGAACAAAAUAGACAUUAGUAUCUGGAAUCUCCACAGAAAUGAUCAGAUAGCUGUAGAGAAAGCUCUUAUUAUAAUAUUAAACAGUCUCUUGAGAAAUCUAGGCCAAAAUGAGCAAAGGAGAUAAUUUAAAUGAGGAAACUGAUUUCAAGCUGGAUUUCUGUGGAAUCUCUCUGCUCUUCAAAGACAGACAGGAUCCAAUUUCAGUAUGUCAACCCCUAUUCCCAAUGCCCUCCAUUUUUGUCCAAAUUGUAUAAAGUGGUGGGUUGUUGCAGAUUGCAAAUUGACACACUGAACUCCCAUCCUGGUUGGCUCCACUUAGAGUCCUAGUCCUCCACAGUUUUUGUGGAGUCAGGCGUAUUUUCAAGGAGUUCUGAAUCAUUGAACCUUCAAGAUGUUGUGAACCACAUUGUGGAUAUUGUAACUUUUUGCAAGGUAAGUUCAAAUGGUCUCACUCAUGACACCCCCAAUCCCUCUACCAAUGUAUGUCCGUAUGUAGAUCCCUGUCUACCUAUAAGCCCUUAUUCACAUGCUCAUAACCCUGCAUAACUUCUAGACCAAGCAGUGACCAAGACCCCAAUCAACAGUGUACAUUGUGUGUAAAACCAAUUAAACCUGUAGUAACAAGGUCAUGUGUGAAAAAAAACCCUAAAAAUAUCAGUUACUAAUUCAUUGCUUUCUGGAAAUACUGUUUCUACCACUACCUGUAAAGAUGCCAAUCACUCAGAAUUUCAAAGUAUGCAUUGUGGAAACUGCAAACACUUGACACAUGUUGUCUCACAUAAAUAAACAUUGAACAAUUGAAUAAAAAAAAACUAUGAGAGAAAUCUACCAAUCAAGCAAUGAUUUUUUUCUAUGUAGUGUUGUUUUGCAAAGUUAAUAAAAGAUGUCUGAACUCUCAGCUAAAUCUUACCAUGCAGUCCUGUAUUUCUCCUGACGAAUGCAAGAUUCAAAAGCUUUAGCAUGCCCAUCUUUUCUGAAAUAUUCAAAUAUUUUAUUCAUUCAUAGGAUGCAGAUAUUGCUGACAAGGCCAUUUAUUGCCCUUGAGAAGCUGCUAGUGAACCAAACUUGCAAAUCACUAUGGUCCAUCUGAUGUAGGUACAUCCAUGGUGCUGUUAGGAAAGCAAUUCUGGGAUCUUCACCAGCUACUGUGGAGGACAGUGAUUUGCUCACGUGUUGCAAUGGUGUACAGGUUGGAGGGGAACAUGCAAGUGAUAAUGUUCCGAUAUAUCUGCUAUGCUUAUUCUUCCAGGCAGUAGAGGUCUCAGGUUUUGAAGGUGUUUUUGGGAGAGCCUUGGGUGAAUUGCUGAAGGAUACUUCAUACAUGGCACAGUCACUAGAGGCAGAGGACAUGAAUAGUUAAGAUGAAGUAUGGGGUGCCCAUCAAAUUGGCUGCUUUGGCCUAGAUAGUGUCAAGCAUUUUGAGUACAUUUGGAGCUGCGUACAUUCAGGACAAUGGAGUCUAUUUCGUCACACUCUUUAUAGAUAAUAGGCUUUAUGAGUAUGUUAUUGAAAAAUUUCUAGACUUUAACCUGCUCUUGUCACCAUACUAUUUACAAGGCUGGUAAAGUUAAGCCCCAAAAGUUUCAUAAUAGGUAUUCAGAGAUAGCAAUGCCAUUGAUUGUUAUGUGAGAUGGUUAAAUUCAUUGCUUAGCACUUGUAUGGUGUUGAUAUUACUUGUCACUCAUCAUAUGAAGCCUGAAUGUUGCUUAGAUCAAUUGGCAAAAAAGCAGCUGUUAUCCGUUCAUACCUGUGUAGCAGAGCAAUGUUAUUAUGAAUACCAAGUAUCAUCCUUUUCUUUUCCAAAAAAAAUUGUGCCCUUUUCAUUACUAUUACAAUCAACAAACAAAAUGUUAGAUAAAUAUAAUUUUAGGGUGGAAAUGUUUUUAAUAUGAAUGAUUUUAAUUAUUAUUGAUCAAAAUAUGGACAUAGUAUAAUGCGUGACACAUCAUUUAUUCUCUUGUACUGUAGCAAAUUUCAGAGCAUCUGUUGUCAGCAAGAUAUGUUUAGGUUUGCUGUGUCAAGUCAUGGACUAUU